AUGUCUUCUUAUGCUAAGUUUUUGAAAAACAUGCUUUCCAACACGAGAAAAAUUAAAGAGAAUGUCACUGUUUCAGUAACAGCUGAGUGUAGUGCUAUAUUGCAGAGCAAGCUUCCAAAGAAGAUAGGAGAUCCAUGCAGUUAUUCUAUUCCUGUUAAACUUGGUGAUAUUGAAAUCAAAAAUGACUUAUGUGAUCUUGGGACAAGUGUCAGUCUCAUACCCUUGUCAAUCUGCAAGAAGCUUAAUAUGGGUGAACUGAAACCCACACGCAUCUCCUUACAACAAGCAAAUAGAACAGUCAAGUUCCUCCUUAGCAUCCUUGAAGAUGUUCCUCUUAGAGUCGGAAAACUUUUCAUUCCAUGUGAUUUUGUUGUUAUGGAAAUGGAAGAAGAUGCACACGUUCCCCUUAUUCUUGGAAGACCCUUUUACUGCUGA